AACAGCGGCGCUUUGAGCCGGAGAGGGUCAGGGGGAGGAGAUGCACGGGAGUGGAGCAAGAAGACUACAUGAGGAGAGCCACAGGGUGAGCAAUUCUUGGUGAUCAUCCUUGGACAGCUAGCCCACCAAUGGUCCUCCACCCUGGACUCUCACACCGAAGACCUCACCGAAUCGGCUCGUUCGCUGCGGUCGUGUCGGCCAGCGGGAUGAGGAGAUGAUCACGAGCCAGCGAAACCGGUGGAGACAGGCCUGACAGCAGAGACGGGUCCUCUCAAAGACCUUUACACUUUGAUCCCUGAUUUUGGCGCAGACGUCUGGAGCUUUGUGGUAAACAUUUUGACUCCAUCCAGUCACCCCUAGCGUGCGGCCCUAAGGAGUGGCUACCAGAAACCCCUCGCUGCUUCAAAACUUUGUCCAGGGGGAUAAAUGAGUGAGCCGGCUGCAAGGGAAAGGGCGGGGACAUGUACCAGAACCCCAACAGAAUGUCCUGGUUCAGUGGGUUCCUAGUUGCCAGAGUGGAUGACCGAAAGACUGCGUGGGGGGAGCGCAAUGGCAAGAAGUCCAAACGGAGGGGAGGCUCAUCUCUGUGUAACCCACGUUACAUGAGCUGUCUGCGGGACCCAGAUGCUAUGGAGCCCCCCUCUGGAGCCCCCCUCCAUCAGCACCACCGUGGAGGGGUGCCAGGGGCCAUGGGAGGCGGGAGCAACUUUGGCGCCCGUUGCGGAUGGCAGGAGGACCACUACGGCAAAAGGGGCGGGCCUCACAGCCACAGGGAAGGGGUGGGGUUGAAAUCAGUGGACUUGGACUUUGAGGAUGGGGAGUUGAAGGGCAGGAAAGGCGGGUGUAACGGCGGAAGUGGCGACAUGGGAGACGACAGCGCCAACGGUGCCGGGGUGGUGACGGCUGCGGACUGCUGGCUCAGGGUGGUGCGGGUAUUCCAAUCGAAAAAGUUCCAGUCCCGCAAACUGGAGCGCCUAUACCAGCGUUACUUUUUCAGGCUCAACCAGAGCUCCUUGACCAUGCUGAUGGGGGUACUCGUGAUUGUGUGCGGCAUCAUGCUGACCUUCCACUGUGUCCACGCCCCCCCUCAUGUGGCCUAUUCGUCCACCUUGUCAGUGGCAAUGGCGCUCUUCAUGGCUCUUAUGGUAGUGUGCAACCGCAACGGCUUCCAUCAGGACUACAUGUGGAUGGUCAGCUACCUGGUCAUUGGUGUCUUGCUGUCAGUCCAAGUGUUCGGAGUGCUGAUGGUGGCACCCCGGAGCGCUUCGGAGGGCAUCUGGUGGUCUGUGUUUUUCAUAUACAUCAUCUACACCCUCCUACCUGUGAGGAUGAGGGCGGCCGUGUUAAGCGGAGCUGUGUUGUCCAUCAUACACGUGGUCACCACCUGGCAGCUCAACCAGGAGGACAAGUUCGUUUGGAAACAGGUGAGUGCAAAUGUCCUUAUUUUCCUUUGCACCAACAUCAUUGGAAUCUGCACCCACUACCCUGCUGAGGUAUCUCAAAGACAAGCCUUCCAGGAGACCAGAGGAUACAUCCAGGCCAGACUACAUCUGCAGAGGGAGAAUCAGCAACAGGAACGUCUGUUGCUCUCAGUGCUGCCAAGGCACGUUGCCAUGGAGAUGAAGGCUGACAUCAAUGCCAAAAAAGAAGACAUGAUGUUCCAUAAGAUCUAUAUCCAGAAACAUGACAAUGUCAGUAUUCUGUUUGCCGACAUUGAGGGUUUUACCAGCUUGGCCUCCCAGUGCACAGCUCAGGAACUGGUCAUGACGCUCAACGAACUCUUUGCCCGUUUUGACAAGCUGGCCUCGGAGAACCACUGUCUACGUAUUAAAAUUUUGGGUGAUUGUUACUACUGUGUGUCUGGGCUACCUGAACCCCGGGCUGACCACGCCCACUGCUGUGUGGAGAUGGGUGUGGACAUGAUCGAGGCCAUCUCGCUGGUGCGUGAGGUGACAGGCGUCAAUGUCAACAUGCGCGUCGGCAUCCACAGUGGCCGUGUGCACUGCGGCGUCCUAGGACUCAGGAAGUGGCAGUUUGACGUGUGGUCUAAUGAUGUCACACUGGCCAAUCACAUGGAGGCGGGAGGCAAAGCAGGGCGGAUCCACAUCACCAAGGCCACGCUGCAGUAUCUCAAUGGCGACUAUGAAGUGGAGCCAGGCUUUGGAGGGGAGAGGAAUGCUUAUCUGAAGGAGAACAGCAUUGAGACCUUCUUGGUCCUCGGCUGUAGUCAAAAGCGGAAGGAAGAAAAGGCGAUGAUGGCUAAGAUGCAGCGGACGAGAGCCAACUCCAACGAGGGAUUGAUGCCACGCUGGGUCCCUGAUAGAACUUUUUCCAGGACCAAAGACUCCAAAGUCUUCAGACAAAUGGGCAUUGAUGAAACCUCAAGUAAAGACAACCGGGGCGUCCAGGAGACCAUGAACCCAGAGGAUGAGGUGGAUGAAUUCCUAGGACGAGCCAUCGAUGCUCGCAGCAUCGACCAGCUAAGAAAAGACCAUGUUAAAAAGUUCCUGCUCACAUUCCAGACUUCUAGUUUGGAGAAGAAGUAUUCCAAGAAGGUGGAUGAUCGUUUUGGAGGCUAUGUUGCUUGCACUCUACUAGUAUUCUGCUUCAUAUCUUUCAUACAAAUUGUCAUCUUUCCACACACUCCGGUCAUGCUGGGAAUCUACAUCAGUAUCUUCAUCAUCCUGGCCAACAUCCUUUUCAUCUGUGCCAUAUAUUCUUGCAUCAAGCUCUUCCCAGCUGCAAUGCAGACUGUUUCAAAAAAGAUUGUCCAGUCUCGCACCAACAGCACUCUGGUUGGAGUGUUCACGAUCAUCCUCGUCUUCAUCUCUGCCUUUGUCAACAUGUUUGCAUGUGACACCAAGAGCUUAGCGGAGUGCGUCGCAGAGAAGUCAAACACCUCUGCCACCACGGUGACACCAUGCUUGAUCCGCAGCUUGAAUGUGUCCAUUGAAGGGGGUCUAGAGAUCUGUCCCAGUCAAGGCCCCUCCUGCCCUUUUCCUGAGUACUUCAGCUACAGCGUGCUGCUGACGCUGCUGGCCUGCUCGGUGUUCCUGCAGAUCAGCAGCAUUGGGAAGUUGGCCCUGAUGCUGCUCAUCCAGUUCACCUUCCUGCUACUGGUCGAGUGGCCACAAGUAGCACUAUUUGACAAUGCAGAUCUCUUUGUCACCUCUAAUGCCAUUGAUCUAAAUGAAACAAGUAAUCAGUGGUCCAGUUUCAAUGAAACUACAAGCCAUUGCCCAUUUGUUGUGACCAAAGUGUCCCUGAGGGUCAUGACCCCAGUAAUCCUCACAGUCUUUGUCCUGGCACUGUACCUGCAUGCCCAGCAGGUUGAAUCGACUGCACGCCUUGACUUCCUGUGGAAAUUACAGGCCACUGAAGAAAAGGAGGAGAUGGAGGAACUACAAGCCUACAAUCGUCGCCUCCUCCAUAAUAUUCUGCCUAAAGAUGUAGCUGCUCACUUUUUAGCACGUGAGCGGCGUAAUGACGAGCUCUACUACCAGUCCUGUGAGUGCGUGGCGGUCAUGUUUGCCUCCAUCAGCAAUUUCUCAGAAUUCUAUGUGGAACUGGAGGCCAAUAACGAGGGGGUGGAGUGUCUGCGGCUGCUCAAUGAGAUUAUCGCUGAUUUUGAUGAGAUCAUCAGUGAGGAGAGGUACAGGCAGCUGGAGAAAAUCAAGACCAUUGGAUCCACCUACAUGGCCGCCUCCGGCCUCAAUGACUCCACCUAUGACAAGGAGGGACGCACCCACAUUACUGCACUGGCUGACUAUGCCAUGAGACUGAGGGAGCAGAUGAAAUACAUCAAUGAGCAUUCCUUCAACAAUUUCCAAAUGAAGAUAGGUUUGAAUAUUGGACCAGUGGUAGCAGGAGUCAUCGGGGCACGGAAGCCUCAAUAUGACAUUUGGGGAAACACAGUUAAUGUGGCCAGUCGCAUGGACAGCACGGGUGUACCAGACCGCAUACAGGUGACAACAGACCUCCAUCAGGUGCUGUCGAGCAAAGGAUACGUGUUGGAGUGUCGCGGGGUUGUUAAGGUCAAGGGUAAAGGCGAAAUGACAACCUACUUCCUGAAUGACGGGCCACCUAACAGUUAGCAGCCGCGGCAACAGCAGGUGCCCCCUGCAGGGACACAGCACCACUGAGUGAAAACUCACGGGGUGAGCGAAUGGCUGAAAAAAAAACUAUACACGCCAUCACUUGAAUCCCAAGCAAGGAAGGGAGGGAGGGGAAGUGUUUUGGAUUUUCGAAGGAACCUUGUUCCUGAAGAGAGGGAAAUGUUCUCAUUUGACAGCCAUUUUGGUGCAAGUGGAAAGGACAGCUGUUUUUCUCACGUCUAGCCUCUCUCUCAGGCUCCUUGAAAGAUGCAAAGUCUGUUUAUUUAAAUCAACGCCUUUUAGCCUGUGUCAAAAGAAGAUUUAACGCUGUACAUAAGGCUACUUUCUUUUCAUUCUUAGUUUUUGGUUCACAUGAAUUAAGAGAAGGUACUGGUAUUUUCUUUCCAGAUUAUUUAUUUCUAUCUCAAAUGUAUUGUGCAAAAGGUCCUUUAUGAAACAGUGUGACUACAUAAAGUACGUGCACAAAUAUCCAGUUUAUUACACGAUGGUAAGUGUGUACAGUAUGUACAUGCAUAUUUGUGUAAUGAAUAUAUAGUAUGUAUAAAAUGAGGACUACAUUGACCAAAGACUAAAGUACUUACUAAAAGCAAGGCAAGACAUGUUUGAUCUGUUCUUGCAAAUGUCAGCAAUGAUCGCCGCCUGUUUUUAAGGCCUAAACUGUCUUCUUGCCCAGCUGCUGGCGGUAAAGACUGCUUCAUUGUUUUCAUAAGAUAUGUAAAAAAAAUCUAUUUUUAUUUUUGUCUGUCAGUACGGCAGCAUUAACUCUAAAUUAUGAUAGUGCCCAUGACUUUUAGACGACUGAGGAUGUUUUGAUGAAGGCUGUAUUUGAAAUCUAGAUUUUUAUUUGUGUUCUCUGAGGAGUACAAGUAGCUCCAGUCGGGUUCAUGUCACGUCUGAUGGUUCUUUACAGAGUUUGAGCCACCAGUCUCCAGCUGGUUUCAGCCGUAACAGUAUGUCAACCGCUCCUUCCCCUUUUGGAGAAGCAUUUUUGGUGCAAAUAGAAGGAACUCAGUUCGAAAGUUAGUUCCGGAGCCAUUGGUGGGGGGAGGGAACUUUGGAUUUAAGCGCAGAGGUACCACAAAGUCUGAUUCUUCUAUGAAGAAGAAAGGGAUGACGGGAUGAAAUAUAUAUCGUUUUGACUGAAUACUGUGCUUUGUAAACCUGAAGGGGCAUAACUAUUUUCACUGUGAGGUUUUUAUUCUACAGCAAAACUGCUUUCUUGCCAAACAUAACUGCUUCGAAGCAUGUCUGAUUGUGGUAUCUUCAGUUCAUUUUUGGUUUGUUUUAACGUAGGGUAUUUUGUACCACUUCUGUAUCCAUCAUUUGUAUAUUCUUAAUGUUAUUAUUAUUAUUAUUAUUAUUAUGAGGAUUCUGAUUAAUUAUAAUUCUUAUUAUGAAGAUUCCAUUCCAGUGAAAAAGGAUAAAAGACCAGCACGCUUUUCUCCGUGAAUGCCAGUCUUAAGGCUCAAGCUCACUGGUACCGACUGAUCGACUACAGCCCAUGAAUUCUGCUGUCCAGUCCCUAUGUACAAUAUAGUAUUUCCACUGGCCAUCGGUGCGAUCAUGUACAGCAAAUAACUCAGCUGCCUUUGCAGCAGAGCCCAGGGGAUGUACGCUCAAAUAAGCAUAGCAGUGAACACAUAUAUGAAGGAUUCACUGUGCUUUUAUUCAUUUUAUUUAUGACACUCCUGCAGUAUUGUAAAUCUCAGUCAGGCUUGUAGGUGAUGUCUCCUUUCCGCACAUCUCAGCAAAGAACAGAACAUACCUACAUUUCCAGGUAUUAUACCACUAUGUGGUGAGUGGGUGAGGGGCAAGUAGAAAGGUGCACAUAUUAUAUAUAUAUAUAUAUAUAUAUAUAUAUAUAUAUAUAUAUAUAUA